UCCUCUCACCAACAAAAAAAAAGAGAGGAAAGAAUCCUAUAUAUAUAUAUAUAUGGAAAGAUAAGACUUCGUUUUAUGGGUUUGGUUCUGUUCUUUCGGUUAGGAAUGUCACGCUUUUAUGCUUAUUAUUAGUGAGGCAAAGAAGGAAAGUCCCGAGAGAGGAGAGAGAGGGGGAGGGGAAUGGAAGAAGGGGCUUCGACCGCGACGGUCUCCCCGGAGCCACUGCUCGGGCCGGCCCGAGCGCCGGCCCAGACGGCUAGGCCGAGCCGGGUGGCGGCCAUCUUGGGCCGGGCGGCGGGCCGGCGGGGCCCGUCGAUGCUGGUGCGCGAGACGGCGGCGCGGCAGCUGGAGGAGCGGCGCGCCGACUGGGCCUACUCCCGGCCGGUGGUGGCGCUCGACAUCGCCUGGAACCUGGCCUUCGCCGCGGUGUCCGUCGCUGUGCUGGGGGCCACAACCAGCGAGCGGCCCAACACGCCGGUCCGGGUCUGGAUCGCCGGGUACGCGGUCCAGUGCGUUGUCCACGUGGCGCUGGUCUGGGCGGAGUACCGGCGGCGGAGGGCACGGCCGCGCAGGUUGGAGGAAGGGGCCGGCGGCAGCGGCGGGGAGAGGGCGCGGUCGGACUCCGAUGCCGGCGACAGCGAGGAGGAUGGGGAGGAGGGCGGAGCGGGGAGAGGUCAGCAGUCCAGGUAUGUGAGUGCUGCAAAACGAUGUGAAUCUCUCAAUACCAUGGCAUCCUUUCUGUGGUGGAUUGUUGGCUUCUAUUGGGUGAUUUCUGGUGGUGAAACUCUCUCACAAAAUGCUCCAAGGCUUUACUGGUUGACUGUAGUUUUCCUAGCAUUUGAUGUCUUCUUUGCGAUCUUUUGUGUGGCUUUGGCCUGCAUUAUUGGGAUUGCACUUUGCUGUUGCUUGCCUUGCAUUAUUGCAAUUCUUUAUGCUGUGGCAGGCCAGGAAGGUGCAUCGGAUGCAGAUAUUAGCAUUCUUCCGAGAUACAGAUAUGCUGAGCCUUUUGACAAUGGGCAAAAGACAACUCAAGAAGGAUUGAUGGUUCCCAUUGUAAAUAACAGUGGAAUUUCAACAAGUGAACGUGUUUUAUUACGUGAGGAUGCGGAGUGUUGUAUUUGUCUGACGCCAUAUGAAGAUGGAACCGAACUCCAUGCACUUCCAUGCAACCAUCAUUUCCACUCCGCAUGCAUUGUGAAAUGGCUCCGGAUGAAUGCAACCUGCCCUCUUUGCAAGUACAACAUUCUCAAGGGCAAUGAUAUUCUCUGAAGAACUAGAAUCAACAUGAUCUCUUUCUCCUUGUCUGUAUAUAAGAAUGCAAAAAGAAUGAAGAGGUGCAGUUCUUUGUAGAUGAGGUCAUUGAUGCGAAAAAUUGACUCGUUGGGACUUCAUAUUCUAUUGGCAUGGUGAGCUGAUAUUUUCCUUCGAAAUGCGGAUGAAUGUUUGGUGCAGUUGGCUUGAUUCGAAGAUCAAGUCUUGUAUAAAUGUGGUUUGGUUUUACAUUGAAAAGUAUCGAUCUUGUAACAGCUUUUGCCUUUUCUGUCGUCCCCAAGUGAAGAUCAGAAAGAUUUUCAUGCAGCAACUUUUCCUGUACCAGCUUUAAUCAUUCAUACUUUGCUGGCUUCACUCCAGUUGUUUAUAGCAUGAAAUUUCUCAGAAAGGGACAUCUUCUUGGUUAGAAGUGGAAUGGAACUGUUGAUGAUCCUUG